CUGUCUGACCAUAAAAUCAAUAGAAGAAAAUAAUAAAUUCUAGAUGUACAUUUCUGUAUCUAAACAUGUGUCACCAAACAAACGGUGGCAUAGUCUCGUGAGAGACGUAACAUUUUAUGAGAUUGAAACUAAUGAAGAUAAUAAAUUUCAAACAUGCCUGUUCGUAUGAGCGAGGCUUAUGCGGAUCCGUUGCGGAAAGUAUCGGCGGUAAGCACAACAAGUCGGGGAACAAGCGUGUCAACUCGCAUAGCGAGGCAAUCAGAACGAAUAGUGACCGUCCAGGAUGAGUCUACAAUAGAAUGGAGUAAUUUAAUCUUCAUGCCGUUCCACCCAGUUUUCAGGAUGUUCGUCUUAUUCAUGGUCUUUAUCAAAGUCAUACUGGGACCUAUACAAGCGGUCUUUCCUUUGGUCUAUUGUGGUGAUACAAUGGACUACCACCCAUUCCUCGUUUUCAUAAAGUAUACUUAUUGGUAUGGUUGUGAUUCCCUCUACGGAAUUGAUACGUUUCUUCAUAUAGUACACAGGUAGUUAUUUAAAUACUAUUAUUGUUCUAGAAAUAAGGU